AUGAAAAGCAGUAUCUCGUUUUUGACACUCCUGGUGAGAUUCGGCGGAACUGUUGUUGUUCAGCCGCCUGGUGAUGUUAAUGGGCUGGCAUCAAUAUGGUGCUACACGUAUCUUUCGACCUAUCUUGAGCCCAUAACAACUGGGUCUACCAGUCCGUCUCCAACCAGCUUGUCUGUUAGCCCAAAUCCUUCCGCCAUUGGAUCUACUUCGACGCUUUCAGUCCUUCGCACCCCUCCGACAUCACUUCCAGGAUCCACGACGGCUUCUGAUACAACUACAAUCUUGGGUUUCACUUCCUCUUCGGGUUAUGUUACACCUUCGGGACUCAGUCCCUUUUCGUCGUCAGCUUUGCCAUUAAUUCCGAGCUCAUCCCUCACGACAGAAUUAGUCUCAACGCCUACUCCCAGUGCCCUAGUGGAUCGGCAGAUAAUAUUGUUUAUACUCCCUGGCGGAGUCACUAAGCGGGAUUUAAGGAAGAGAAAUCUUGGAGGAUUCUUCAAAAAUGAUAUAGCUGCUGACCGACUGAGCUGUGAUGCUGCUACCAUCUUUAACCUGUCCCUAAGCCGGCUCCUUUACGCGGGGAAUCCUAUCCACUACACACCUGGUGAUAACAACAAAGCCCUUCGCACUACCACUGUACCUUCAGUCAACGCUAUAACCACUACGUUUGGGAUUGUAGGAGGCACACUUCAAUUUUUAAACUCUUCCCUACCUGGUGGACGAGCCAACUUCUGCCAAGACCCUCUAGGGCAAGUCUACAUUACCUUUGCAUCUACGCCAGUGGACUGUGCGCCCGUCCAAAUUCUAGCCUAUGGAGGUAAGAUGGACUUGUCCCUAUAA